UCUCACUCUACACGAGUUCCGAUUAGCUGGGUGCCAGCUUGUUGCUCCUGUGCUAGAGAUUUCAGCACCAGGCUUCCAGUGGACAGCAGAGCCCUCUGUGCCAGGCUUCUCAUUGAUCAGGUGCCAUGGAGGAAUUAUUCCCGUAUGGGAGCCUUUCCAUCCUGGGUAACUUCUCUAUUUCUGCCCAGGCAUCCACAAACAGCCCCUUCACCAACCAAAGCCAGGUUGUGAAGUCCCCUCCAUACAACAGGCAGAUCCGGAUCAUUGCAAUGACUGUCAUCUUCACUGUGUCACUGGUGGGCAAUUCGGUGGUGCUGUAUAUGAUCUGCAGUGGCAAGGAGAAGAAGAGGAAGAUUAACUUUCUGAUCACCCACCUGGCACUAGCCGACCUCUAUGUCUCUCUUAUAACUCUUUUUUCCCAGAUUGUAUGGGAAUUACUGGAGGAUGAGUGGCUGGGUGGGGAUGUGGCUUGUCGGAUCUUUAAAGUGUUUCAGGUGUCGGGACUCAUUGCUUCCUCCAAUAUAAUAGCCAUAUUAGCCCUGGAAAGACACCAUGUUAUUACAAACCCAUUAAGCACACCUCUGCCCACCCGGUGCUUUGCUGCCAUGGGUUGGUUGCUUUCCCUGCUCCUGUCAGUGCCUCAGGCUUUUGUCUUCAGAGCUGCCCACACUGAGGAGGGUGCCAGGUGCCGCAACGUCUUCUGGCAGUUACCUAAGUGGCAUUUUCAGAUCUAUAUCAUAUACAGCUCUGUCACCGUCUUCUUCUUACCUUUCUGUGUCCUGACUGUAGCCUACAGCCGCAUCCUAUGGAUCAUCUGGAGAAAGGGGAAGAACCCCAAGACCAUUGAAGACUUUGGUGAUGAUUGUGAACUCAAAGUCACCAAAAGACCACUCAAGCUUGAAGCUGUCAACAGCUGUAUUCCUAGAGCCAAGGUAAAGACCCUAAAAAUGACCCUGGUCAUCAUUAUACUCUUCAUUGUAUGUGGGCUCCCCUACUUCGUCGUGGAGAUGAAGGUGGCCUUUGGCACCAUUACUGGUCUGGAUGAGGAGGUUAUGGCUGUGUUGGGUAUCUUUGUGGUGACCAACAGCGCAGUGAACCCCUAUGUGUAUCUCUUCUUCAGGACCAACAACGUUUUCCUUAGGAGGCUGGAGAAGAAGGUUUGCUUUUCCUGCUGCUUACAGGAGCACAGAGAGGUCGCCUUCCGCAGAAAUCUCUUCCAGUCCUGUGCCAGGACACCCCGCAGGAAACUGUCCACCACCACCACCACCACCACCACCACCACUGAGGUGGACUCUUCUUCUGCCCUCCAACGAUCCGUCUAUCAGCAGCCGACUGCAACUCUCAGCAAGGACAGUGUGUGAUGAAGAACAGCUCCACAUGUCACCUGUUUCUCAGAAACGGAAUCCAACUGCAGCACCUAGGGGUUUGCCUACCUUCAAAUACAUUGAUUAUAGAAAAGGCACAUUUGUUGUCUUACAUCAUUUGGCAUUCUUACAUUCAGUUCCUAUAGCCGGGCACAAAGUUUAUUAAAGCGGUAUAAAAACCCAAAAGCAAACAUUUAUACUAUUGCAGCUUUUCAAUUCUUAGAUGUGGUAGCUGCUUUCUUUUAAAUGCUUUUUUUCUUUUCUUUUUACUGAUCCUGCCAGUGCAAGGUCUGUUGAUUUUCAAAAGAACAAGCUUUUCUGCAGACAUAGCAGUAAGAGGGUUAAGACAAACCAUUAAGAUUCCUUUU